AUGUUAGCGGUCGGGCAGAUGGACGGGAGCCGGCAGAGCGCGUUCGUGUUGAGCAGCCCACCCUUGGCGGCCCUGCACAGUAUGACCGAGAUGAAAAACCCCUUGAACCUUUACUCCUUGCAAUCCGGGCCCGCGGGGUUCAAGUCGACUUCCAGCCUGCCCGGCUUCCUGGCACAGCAACUCUCGUCCACCACUCCUCACGGCAUCAACGACAUCCUGAACCGGCCGGUCAUGCUACCGGGAGGCGGGGUCGCCUCCGCACUGCUUUCGGGAAUCCCUCGUUUUAACGCCAGCCUCAGCCCCCCGCCCCCGGGCAUGUACUUCAGCCCCAGCGCGGCGGCAGCGGCGGCGGCGGCGGCGGCGGCCGUAGCCCGUUACCCCAAACCGCUGGCCGAGUUGCCAGGCAGGACUCCCAUCUUCUGGCCGGGAGUCAUGCAGAGUCCACCUUGGAGAGACGCCAGGCUGGGCUGCUCACCGCAUCAGAGCGCCAUGCUGAUUGAUAAAGAUGGCAAGAGAAAACACACCAGACCCACGUUCUCGGGGCAACAAAUCUUCGCGUUGGAAAAAACUUUUGAACAAACGAAAUAUUUAGCUGGGCCUGAAAGGGCGAGGCUGGCAUAUUCGCUGGGGAUGACCGAGAGUCAAGUGAAGGUUUGGUUCCAAAACAGACGGACGAAAUGGAGGAAGAAACACGCGGCGGAGAUGGCAACAGCCAAGAAGAAGCAGGACUCGGAGACUGAGAGGUUGAAGAGCACCUCGGAAAACGAGGAUGACGACGACGAAUACAACAAGCCGCUGGAUCCCAACUCCGACGACGAAAAGAUUUCGCAGUUACUCAAGAAACACAAACCGAAUACUUUACACGUCCUCACAAGUGAAAACGAAAGCUCAUAG